AUGACUGUCCAGCCAGGCAGGUCUUCUACUGGAAGACUAUGGCCAUCGCCACACAGAACUCAGGUGCGUGUAUGCGUGUCAAGCCAAAGCUGCAGCGCUGCAUACACCACUUUUAUUGCAAUAGGAAGGGCAGAAAAUCCGCGACAUUGCCUCGGGUAUCCACCAGCAGUUGUUAUCGACGAACAACAUCUGAAAACGUACCUUAAAUACCUUCUUUCUUUCCUCUUCCCCGUAGGUCAGCCGUGGUUACUCCUCAGACGAGAGAUACUGUUGAUUAUGAAGAAGAUCCAAAGGUUUAUUGACUUUUUGACUUGGUGCCUCCAGAUGCGUGAGCACGGACGCGUGGACUCUCAUUUCCAGCUUAAGACCAAGAAACUCUUGUUCGCCUAUCCGAGACAUUUCCCAUGCUGACUUUUCAACCUGAUUGAUGGCAGCUUGAAUUCCCUUCGUCACAAGAAAGGAAGUUAUUAAUUUAAACUAAUUGCUUCAGUAAAUUGGUGCCAUAAAAAUUACUUCCUGCUGACUUAGCAAUUGUUCUUCUAAAGUUUUGAUGGCAGCUGUGAGCUCUUUAUAGAUUGCUGAAAAUAAUAUUUGUUAAAAAAUAAAUAAAUGCCGGAUACCAACAAUACGAUAAAAUACAGACAUUCGAUGCUGCAGAA